AUGUCUUCAGCUAUUCCUACUACUGCUCCACCACCAGUAUACAAUGACGUCUUAGACCUCAUUGGAAACACUCCAUUAAUCAAAUUAAACAAAAUCCCACAAUCAUAUGGCAUUAAAGCCAAGAUGUAUGCCAAAGUUGAAUUAUUCAAUGCUGGAGGUUCUAUUAAAGAUAGAAUUGCCAAGAAUAUGGUUUUAGAAGCAGAAAAGACCGGUAGAAUUAAGCCAGGUUAUACUUUAAUUGAACCAACUUCAGGUAAUACCGGUAUUGGUUUAGCUCUUGUUGGUGCUGUUAAAGGUUAUAGAACUAUUAUUACUUUACCUGAAAAAAUGUCAAAUGAAAAAGUUUCAGUAUUAAAAGCCCUCGGAGCUGAAAUUAUUAGAACUCCAACUGAAGCUGCUUGGGAUGCUCCGGAAUCUCAUAUUGGUGUUGCUAAGAAAUUAGAAAAAGAAAUUCCAAAUUCAGUUAUCUUGGAUCAAUAUUCUAAUGAAGCUAAUCCAUUAGCUCAUUAUUAUGGUACUGGUUAUGAAAUUUGGGAACAAACUGAAGGGAAAGUCACUCAUUUGAUUGCUGGUGCUGGUACUGGUGGUACUAUUUCUGGUAUUUCUAAAUAUUUAAAAGAAAAGAAUCCAAAAGUUCAUGUCACUGGUGCUGAUCCUGAAGGUUCUAUUUUGGCCCAACCUGAAGCCUUAAACCAAUCUACUGAAGGUUAUUUAGUUGAAGGUAUAGGAUAUGAUUUCGUUCCAGAUGUUUUGGAUAGAAAAUAUGUUGAUCAUUGGAUUAAGACCAAUGAUUCUGAAUCAUUUAAAUUAGCAAGAAGAAUUAUUAGAGAUGAAGGUAUUUUAGUUGGUGGAUCUUCUGGAUCUGCAUUACAAGCUGCAUUAGAUGUUGCUAAGGAUUUGACUGAAGAUGAUGUUGUCGUUGUUGUUUUCCCAGAUUCUAUUAGAUCUUACUUAUCUAAAUUUGCUGAUGAUGAAUGGAUGAAAUCUAAUGGAUUCCAAGUUGAAGAAACUCAAGCUACUAAUAAGACUGAUGAAUUCUUGAGUACUAAGACCAUUAGAGAUUUAGUUGCCGGAAAGGCUCCAGUUGUUACUGUUACCGUCGGUGACACUGUUGCUAAGACUUUUGAUUUAUUACAAACUAAUGGAUUUGAUCAAUUACCAGUUUUGAAUAAAGCGGGUAAUUUAGUUGGUUUGAUUACUCUUUCAAAGAUUUUGAAAUCAUUAUCUACUAAAAAGAUUCAAAUGACAAAUUCUAUCAGUUCUAUUAUUAUUGAUUUCAGAAAAUUGGCAGAUUUUGAAAAAUCAUUUACUAUUACCAAACAAUCUGGUUUCACCAAGAGAAGUUAUGAACCAAUUACUUUAGAUACUCCGUUGACUGUAUUGAAUAAAUUCUUUGAAACCAAUUCUAAUGCCAUUAUUACUGAUGAAGAUUUGAAACCAGUUCAAAUUGUUACCAAAGUUGAUUUAGUUUCUUACUUGACUAAGAAUCUUGUAUUUUAG